AUGCACAGGAGCUCUACGCCCUCGGCUUUACCUCACUGCUCUCAUCCCUAUUUCCGGCUAUCUGGAUCGUCUCCAUGCUAUUCACGAUCUGCUGGGACAUUGCCGAGGAAUUUUGUUGUCUGUCGGGUUCGCGGUGCUCACUACUGUAAUAAGGAGCCAGAAACCUCGCUGGCAUUACCUUAUUGCCAGUGCCGAUGGAGCGUUCGGGAAACGAAGCGAAAA